AUGAUGGAAGAGGGAACGAGAGCGAUCCAACAGUCACGCGAGCGCCUGAGCGGAGAUCGAACGACGUUAGCGAGUGAAGGAGGUUUCUUCCGUGAUUUUGCGAAAUUUUAUUUCGGUGGGACCAUGCGGGACGAAGCUGCGAACCAGUUGCAGGGAUUCAAGGAAGCCUUCAAGGGGAAGCAGCAAUUGUUGGUGGCUGGACACGGAAGUCCUGUUGGAGAUCGUCUGAAUAGUUUGACGGCCGGAAGUCGGGGUCCGAUUUUACUACAAGAUGUCCCGUUGAUUGACGAGAUCAGUCAUUUUGAUCGCGAGAGGAUCCCUGAACGAGUGGUUCACGCCAAAGGAGCAGGAGCGUUUGGAUACUUCGAGGUGACCGAUGAUGUGACGCGGUAUACGAAAGCCGCCGUUUUUUCUGCCGUCGGGAAGCGAACGCCGAUUGCCGUCCGAUUUUCGACGGUCGGUGGAGAAAGCGGGUCUGCCGAUACCUCGCUAGGAGCGUUUGGAUACUUCGAGGUGACCGAUGAUGUGACGCGGUAUACGAAAGCCGCCGUUUUUUCUGCCGUCGGGAAGCGAACGCCGAUUGCCGUCCGAUUUUCGACGGUCGGUGGAGAAAGCGGGUCUGCCGAUACCGUUAGGGAUCCUCGGGGAUUUGCUGUUAAAUUUUACAGUGAAGAAGGCAACUGGGAUCUGGUGGGAAACAACACUCCGAUCUUCUUCAUCCGAGAUGGGAUCCUGUUUCCCUCUUUUAUUCACACACAGAAGCGCAACCCCCAGACUCACCUCAAGGAUGCGGACAUGUUCUGGGACUUUUUGUCGUUGCGGCCCGAGUCAACGCAUCAGGUUUCGUUCUUGUUCUCGGACCGGGGAAUCCCUGAUGGGUAUCGUCACAUGAAUGGAUACGGAUCCCACUUGGGACUUUUUGUCGUUGCGGCCCGAGUCAACGCAUCAGGUUUCGUUCUUGUUCUCGGACCGGGGAACCCCUGA